AUGUUGCUCCGGCUACGCUUCAAUCUUGGGCUGAAGCGGCCUGUGUCGGCACGUGAGUGGUUGCACAGGAGACCGGUUGGAACCAGGUUUGUGGAUUGGAGUAGAGUUGAUGUUAGGCACUACGCCAGAUCCACGUGUGGACGCACGAAUUUUGAGACAGCAAUUUUUGGACACAAGAGCAAAAUACUUCUUGCAGCAGCAACGGCUGCUUCAUACUAUGCUGGGAAAAAGAUGCUUAUCAAAAAGCUUCUCGUUAUGGGGUACACCAGGGCCUUCGCCGUGUGUGGAUUCAUGAACUUUUCGACGCUCCUGGGCCCGAUUGGAGAAAUAGUCAAUGUCAUGCUCAUGGCAGCAGCGGCUGUUGUGGCCGGCAUUUUCAUUGCUGUUCCGACAGAAUAUUUCGCCAGACGUCGAUUGCAAAGGCAGGGCCUUGUAGCCUAUGGCAUGAGCAGAGACAGGGACUUGGCAAACUUUCUGAUCAAUGCCGAUAUUCGCUUGGUGCGAUGCGAAUAUCUGAAGGAACUCCAAGCAGCCGGUCGAUUGUUGCCACGCCGCCAAGAGGCAGAGAGGGAGACUUUACGCGAUGGCCGAAGCGCUUUGGUUUCACCAGCGGAACUUUGGCGCUUGACAUUUCAUCCACAGCGUUUGAGUCUAGAAGGUGAUAUCUCCGAUCGGGCAGCAUUCCGCUUGCCGGGAAAACACGUUCGCAUCGUGUCUGUGUCCCAUGUUUGGGAAUCACGCGAGCACCCAGAUCCAUGGGGGUUUCAGCUUCAGGAGCUAUGCUCGCACUUGCGAUGCAUGGAAGCCGAAAUCGCUGAACAUGCAGGGUAUGCCAAUCAUGAGACAUGGGUUUUUGUGGAUUUCACUUCUUUGCCACAGUACAAGCGAAACCCCGAGCAAGAAAAGAGUUUUGAUCAUUCAAUGCAGCAUAUGCACUUGCUUUAUGCGAGCGAUGCUAUAUUUGAUGUGAUUCGCCUGGAUCAGCUUACUCCCCGGCGAGUGAAAUCGUGGCGUCCAGGAAAACUGGAGUUCUACAGUGAUAAAGUUGGUGGCUAUGAGGCACGGCCUUUUAAUGAGCUGCUGUUGAACAGAACUCCUUAUUCCUCCCGUGGGUGGUGUUGCGCUGAGGCUCAGUGGGCCGGCACAAAGUUUUGCAUCACAGGGUUGGCACCAAUGAGCCCGAAGCUAUUCCAGCAGCGAGUUUCUGAAGCAAAUGCUGACAAGGCUGCGGCAGUAGUAUUUACACAUCGUCCAGAUGCGGAAACUGUGAUCAAGUUACAAGAGUAUGUCUUCCACCUCAAAGCCAAAGAGCGAUGUCAGCUUGUACUGAACGAGCUGCCCACAUCGGAGAUUGAUGUGCUUACUAGCGCUUUGCCUUUCUUCAGCAACCUGCAAUAUUUAUCUUUUCGUCACUGCAACGUUUCAGCUGACAACAUCUCAAGCGUUGUCGACGCAGUACAAGGUCUCAGCCGUCUCAGACGGUUACAGUUUCGCCACUGCAAUCUUGGAGACCAGCAGGCGGCAGCACUGUUUGAGGCCAUCACGCAGCGAAAUCAAGUUUCUACGAUGAUCCAGAGCGUUGAUCUGUCGGACAACAGCAUCAGCAGCCGGGGUGCAAAGAAGAUUGCAGGCUGGAUCGUCCAAAGUGGGGUGAGGCAUGUCGAUCUCUCUCGCAACCGCAUCGGCGACAGCGGCACGCGUGCAAUUCUUGAAGCUAGCAGCAAGAGUGGGGCUGCAGUUUCGCUAGAUGGUCAGGACUCCAGACUCCGAUUGAGUCGAAAGAGCAAUCCGCUUUUCUGCUUGUCACGAUUUUCAGCCCACCUGAGUGGGGCCUUUGUUUUUGAUUGCAGGUCUAGGAUCUAUCUGCAGUGCCCACACGCUGCACCACCUUCAGAAGCAGGGAUGUGCGCGAUUGAUGAGCGAGUUUUGGUGUUUUCAUUUUAA